AUGGCAGCAGUAGCAAGAUUGACCUUCUUUAGUCCCAUUGCCUCGACGGCUUACAAGCCUCAUCCGACAGAAAAGAUGAAGGCUGCAGUUUUCCAAGGCUCCAAAUCUAUUACUAUUGAGGAGGUGCCGAAGCCGAUGAUCACUGCGCCCAAGGACGCCAUUGUCCACAUCACCCACGCCACCAUUUGUGGCUCCGAUUUACACAUGUACUCCGGCGAAUUGAACCAAGCCAUGAAGAAGGGGGAUAUCAUGGGUCAUGAAGCCAUUGGUAUUGUCGAUGAAGUCGGCCCGGAAGUUAAAACCCUGCAGCCUGGAGACCGGGUCAUCAUCCUUCCAGUUAUUGCAUGUGGUGAAUGCUUCUAUUGCAAACGCGAGGAGUACUCACUAUGCGAUAAGACGAACCCUUCAAAGGAGAUGGAGAAGAUCUACGGUCACCGGCUAUCUGGCAUUUUUGGAUACUCGCACCUCACUGGCGGAUAUCCCGGAGACCAAGCCGAAUGGUGUCGCGUUCCCAACGCUGACCUUACCUGCGUCAAGGCCCCGCACGGAAUCGACGCGAAGAAACUUGUCGGGCUUGCCGAUGUUACGACCACGGCCUGGCAUGGUUGCGAGCUUGCAGAAGUGAGGGAAGGGGACGUCGUUGGGGUAUGGGGAUGCGGCGCGAUUGGUCUUUCUAUCCAGCGGCUUUCGAAGCUCCGAGGUGCGAAAAAGGUAUAUGCUAUGGAUGUCGAUCCAAACCGUUUGCAAAAAGCAAAGGAAUUUGGAAUGGUCCCAGUGGACGUAUCGCAGCAUAAAGAUGUCGCAGAGUACAUACUCUCGGUCGAGGCACUGGGCCUUGAUCGUGGGAUUGAGGCAAGCGGAUUUCGGAGUGCCCAGUCUUUUGCGCACAAGAGCAUGCGGGCUUUGGGUUUGGAGGUGGACAGUGGGGACACAUUGACUGCCUGCAUCAAAGCAACCAGGAAGGGUGGCAAUGUUGCAUUGAUUGGCGAUUUCUUCUUUUCGACCAACCAGUUCCCCAUCGGCAUGUUGAUGGAAAAGACCAUCACUCUCAGGGGAGGGCAACUCAUGGCUCAGAAGUAUCAUCCGUUUCUUCUCAACUUGGUCAUUGAUGGCAAGUACGAUCCUUCUUGGAUGUUUACUCACGAAGCCAAGCUCGAGGACAUCGAUAAGUGGUACAGUUAUUUUGACAGACAUACUGUCCCGGGUGGUCUCAAGGUUCUCCUUACAACGGAGUUUGGUAGAUCUCUGAAAUGA